GAUGCUCCAACGCCGGUUAUCUCGUUGCUUCGGGGCUUUCUUGUUUCUAUCCACAGCGCAGGUACCUUUGCUUGCAUCUCUUAGUGCUAUGUGCUGAUUUCUUUUGUCCCAUCUGCAUCGCCCAAUUACGCCCCCAGCGAUUAAUACACAAUGGCUGCCAUGGACGACCUGUCGCGGUCCGAGUACCCGGCAAUGCUCGCAAACCUGCAACCGAGUCAGGCUGUGCAAGUGUUGUCGGACCGAGUUAAGCGCAUCGCCAAAGCAAACCAAGAAAUCGCAGAUUGGCUUCAGGAGCGCAGGAGAGUUGAGGAACAAUAUGUUGCCGGACUGCGGAAGCUGCUGGUCUUCAAGGUGCCGAACGCCGCAUCCGAGCUUGGCAUCUUCCAGCCACCAUGGGACAAAAUCCUCCAAUCGACCGACGGCAUUGCCGCCUCGCACCAGCUGUUCGCUCAGCGCAUCGAGAAAGACGUCGAGCAACCCCUGCGCAACUUCCAGACCAAGAAGGAAAUGCAGAACAUUCACACCAUUAGCGCGAAUUUGCAAGCAAUGGCCAAAGAGCUGGAUGAUGCGGCCGAGAAGUCCGAGAAGUUGAGCAAAAAGGGGGCGAGGGCCAAUGCGCAGAAGGUUGACCAGGCUGCCGCGAGACUCGAGUCUGCGACCCAGCAAUGGGAAGCACAGGCGCCUUUCAUUUUCGAGACGCUACAGGCCCUGGAUGAGCAGCGGAUAAAUCAUUUACGCGACGUCUUGACGCAGUUUGAGACUCAUGAAGUGGACCAGGCCACCCGGACGCAGGCAGCUGCCGAGGAGGUCCUCAACGUCAUGCUCGAAGUCAACACGGCCCAAGAGAUUCAAAACUUCGUGCAGCGAACAACUGCCGGGAAGCCGAAGGUCGAAAGGAGGUCUACUUCCCGGCAACAGACGCCUGUCGGUCCAAGCGCCGCUUCCCCUAGCGUUACCGGGGACGAUAUCAGCGAGCACUCGGCUCAUAGAGAGAACCCUCCAGAGGCAUCCAAGUUGCGGAGCCGCAUUGGCACCAUGCUUGGCCGUCGGCGUCAGAGUAUCCAUGGCGGCUUCGGGCAACUUGGUUCUCCGCAGAAGGGCCUUAGUCCCUUUUCCCGGGGCCUUGGGAGCAGCCAUGGCCAGACGUUGUCUCCUGGAGGAUCAUCUCACAACCUGACCGACUCUCAAAACAGGCUCUCAUCCGUUGUUGAGACUCCACCAGGAGGACAGGAGCAACGCGACUCCACCGCAGACGUCAAAUCCUCUCAUGAAGGGACGAACGGAGUCGCUGAUGGAGAGUCGUCCAAAGAUGCUCAGCCGGCAAAGCCGCCCAGCCUCCUGAAUGGGACGGCCGAGGAUAUCUUUGAUGCGCCACCCGUGCCGCCAUUGCCCCAGCAGCAGCAACAACAGCAACAGCCACAUAGCAAAGAAGAGCCAGCCAAGGACGCCGACGGCUUCACAAUACCGCCGGCGAUGAACGACCCCAUCUCCCAGGCUCAACGGGAGGCGGCAGCCGAGGAGGGUGACCACCUCUUCAAGCUCAGCAUCAAGAAUGAGCCUAUCCCGGAGGAAGACCAGGAUGCAAAGCAGGCUGCAUUGUCCAAUGUUGCGAAUGCUCUGACCACCAUGGGGGUGCCGUCACGGAAGACCGGUACCGUGCGGGGCAGAAGGGAGGUUCGAAAUACUGUUUACAUGCCAUCUUUGCCGACGCACGAGAUAUCCGGCGAGAAUCCGUUUCCGUCCCCUUUGCCAACAAGUGCGUCGAUACCAAGACCCACGCCCUCCGCAACGUUUAAUUCCGAGACAAGCCAUGCCUCCGACACGCAAUCCAUCCGAUCGGGCACCUCAUUCGGCGGUACUUCUUACGGCGGUGUGGCUCGGAUCAAGCACCCCGACUUGCACGGGCCAGCGUAUGGGCCUGGCCUGCACUCUUCGAUCAUUGAGACUGUAUCUGCCGUAUUCCAAGACGGGGAGCCCAGCUCGGUCAAGGUCACAGGCGAGAUCGCUCUCUCAUACGUGCCUGAUUCCAAUUCUCCAUACACAGACCGCGAAACUGUCCGGCUCAACAAAUUCUCUUUGCUCGAAUCCAUCGGCCCUAAUCGCGUGUUCGUAUCGAACACACCAGUUCCUGACGAAUUCACCCUCGACGUGUCCCAUCUCACCACCACAACCCCCGCCUUCACCUACCGUGUUCACGCCGAGUUCGACACCGCUCUCGCUUCCCAAUGCCCCGUCGCGAUCAAUCCAGUAUGGAAGCCACAGGGUGACAAACUCGGCCUCCUGCUUCAGUACCGCCUAAACCCGUCGUGCUCCCUACCACGACCAGUGACGCUGUCCAACGUCGUGUUCAUCGCUACGUACGAAGAAGCACGCGCGAGCGGGGUGCAGACGAAACCGACGGGCACCCACCUCAAGGAUAAGCAUAUCGUCUACUGGCGGUUGGGCGAUGUCACUCUGACCGAAGACUGGGCGAAGAUCAUCUGUCGCGUCAUUGGCGAGCAGAACGCGGAGCCGAAGCCGGGGAAGGUGGAGGUCAGGUGGGAGUGGGCCGCACCUCAAGGUUUCGGGGAGGCUGCCAACUUCGGCAGUGGGAUAUCGGUGGCGAGGUUGCUAUCUGACGCGAAGGGCAAAGGCAAGGAGAAGGUUGAGGAAGUAGAGGAGGAUCCAUUCGCGGACGUCGGAUCGGCGCCUUCGUCACCCGAUUUCCAGGACCGAAUGUGGGCCGAUGUGCCACUCGUCAGGAGGCUGGUGAGUGGAAAGUAUGAGUCGAAGUAGUGGGAGUCCGUCUGGUGUCUGGGGGUGAAGUGGUAAAGGUAAUGGCUGUAGUUUCUACCCCGAAGGUUGUUCUGUGGUUGUGCAACAAGCGGUGGAUAUAUCGAUCUAUUUUGAGGUUGCUGCGGGCUCAUUGGUUGGUUGAUGAUACCGGAGGCAUAUUUUGAAGCGAAGUUUCGGGUUUGUUGGAAGUUGU